CAGGUUAUAAAGUGUAAUACAAUAGAUGGACUAGUUUGCUUGAACAGACACCAAGGACUUACACAGCAAUGCUAUGAUUAUGAGGUUAGAUUAUUCUGUUGUGAUGAAAACUGCGACAACAUUACAACACAGACCUCAAGUACUGAUCCAGCAACAAUGUCAACAAGUACAAAACAAACAGUCCAAAGUUCAGCCUCUGGUCCAAGCAACCCAACGACUACACAAGCAAUGCCCACAGCUACAGUUUUACCUGCAUUGUCUACAGGCGUGACUACAACACUGACUGAAACAACAUCAGUCCAGAAUUACUCCAACUUUACAAGCAUAUCUACAACUCCAACAACAAAUACUUUUUCAAGCCCAUCAACAAUUGAUUCACCAUCCUCAACAAUGAAAACAAGCACCCUUAUUUCUACAUCUGGAUGCAAUUGUCAUUGGUCAGAUUGGAGCGAUCAUGGUGGCUCAACAACAGGUCCUGAUGGUGGUGAAGUAAUUUCUAUUGAAUCAAUAAUUAAAUCCAGUUCAAGCACAUGCUCAGCAAUUAAAGAAAUACAGUGUCGUGCAAAACGUUACCCUGGAGUUCCGCUUUCACAGCUUGGCCAGGAUGUGAAGUGCAAUAUAAUAGAUGGACUAGUUUGCUUGAAUAAACACCAAGGACUUACACAGCAAUGCUAUGACUAUGACAUUAGGGUAUUGUGUUGUGAUGAAAACUGCGACAACAUAACUACACAGACUUUUAGUACAGCUCCAACAACAUUAUCAUCAACAAGCUUCAAUUUACCAUCAAGUCCAACAUCAACAGUUCAAAUAUCCUCCAGUGUUUCAGUCAUAUCCACCGAUACAUCCAUAAAAACUCCUACUAGUAUGCCUUUAACAACUGUCUCAGGUGACAAGUCUUCACCACCAACUACUACAUUAACAAGUCAUAUUUCUUCCACUAAUACCAGCACUUCAACAACCCCAUCCAAAACAUCUCCAACAUUCACAACAUCGAAAACAGGGACUUUAACUUCUAGCCCUGAAUGCAAUUGUCAGUGGUCAGAUUGGAAUGACUUUGGUGGCUUAACAACAGGUCCUGAUGGUGGUGAAAUAGUACCCAUUGAAAGGAUAACUGAGACUUUUUAUUCAUGCUCAACACCAAAGGAAGUACAAUGUCGUGCCAAACGCUAUCCUGGAGUUCCUGUUUCACAGCUAGGUCAGGUUAUAAAGUGUAAUACAAUAGAUGGACUAGUUUGCUUGAACAGACACCAAGGACUUACACAGCAAUGUUAUGAUUAUGAGGUUCGAUUAUUCUGUUGUGAUGAAAACUGCAGCAACAUUACAACACAGACCUCAAGUACUGAUCCAGCAACAAUAUCAACAAGUACAAAACAAACAGUCCAAAGUUCAGCCUCUGGUCCAAGCAACCCAACGACUACACAAGCAAUGCCCACAGCUACAGCUUUACCUGCAUUGUCUACAGGCGUGACUACAACACUGAGUGAAACAACAUCAGUCCAGAAUUACUCCAACUUUACAAGCAUAUCUACAACUCCAACAACAAAUACUUUUUCAAGCCCAUCAACAAUUCAUUCGACACCCACAACAAUGAAAACAAGCACCCUUAUUUCAACAUCUGGAUGCAAUUGUCAUUGGUCAGAUUGGAGUGAUCAUGGUGGCUCAACAACAGGUCCUGAUGGUGGUGAAGUCAUUUCUAUUGAAUCAAUAAUUAAAUCCAGUUUAAGCACAUGCUCAGCAAUUAAAGAAAUACAGUGUCGUGCAAAACGUUACCCUGGAGUUCCUCUUUCACAGCUUGGCCAGGAUGUGAAGUGCAAUAUAAUAGAUGGACUAGUUUGCUUAAAUAAACACCAAGGACUUACACAGCAAUGCUAUGACUAUGACAUUAGGGUAUUGUGUUGUGAUGAAAACUGUGAUAACAUAACUACACAGACUUUUAGUACAGCUUCAACAACAGUAUCAUCAACAAGCUUACAUUUACCAUCAAGUACAACAUCAACAGUUCAAAUAUCCUCCAGUGUUUCAGUCAUAUCCACCGAUACAUCCAUAAAAACUCCUACUAGUAUGCCUUUAACAACUGUCUCAGGUGACAAGUCUUCACCACCAACUACUACAAUAACAAGUCAUAUUUCUUCCACUUAUACCAGCACUUCAACAACCCCAUCCAAAACAUCUCCAACAUUCACAACAUCGAAAACAGGGACCUUUACUUCUAUUCCUGAAUGCAAUUGUCAUUGGUCAGAUUGGAAUGACUUUGGUGGCUUAACAACAGGUCCUGAUGGUGGUGAAAUAGUACCCAUUGAAAGGAUAACUGAGACUUUUUAUUCAUGCUCAACACCAAAGGAAGUACAAUGUCGUGCCAAACGCUAUCCUGGAGUUCCUGUUUCACAGCUAGGUCAGGUUAUAAAGUGUAAUACAAUAGAUGGACUAGUUUGCUUGAACAGACACCAAGGACUUACACAGCAAUGCUAUGAUUAUGAGGUUCGAUUAUUUUGUUGUAAUGAAAACUGCGGCAACAUUACAACACAGACCUCAAGUACUGAUCCAGCAACAAUGUCAACAAGUACAAAACAAACAGUCCAAAGUUCAGCCUCUGGUCCAAGCAACCCAACGACUACACAAGCAAUGCCCACUGCUACAGCUUUACCUGCAUUGUCUACAGGCUUGACUACAACACUGACUGAAACAACAUCAGUCCAGAAUUACUCCAACUUUACAAGCAUAUCUACAACUCCAACAACAAAUACUUUUUCAAGCCCAUCAACAAUUCAUUCGACACCCACAACAAUGAAAACAAGCACCCUUAUUUCUACAUCUGGAUGCAAUUGUCAUUGGUCAGAUUGGAGUGAUCAUGGUGGCUCAACAACAGGUCCCGAUGGUGGUGAAGUCAUUUCUAUUGAAUCAAUAAUUGAAUCCAGUUCAAGCAGAUGCUCAGCAAUUAAAGAAAUACAGUGUCGUGCAAAACGUUACCCUGGAGUUCCGCUUUCACAACUUGGCCAGGAUGUGAAGUGCAAUACAAUAGAUGGACUAGUUUGCUUCAACAGAAACCAAGGACUUACACAGCAAUGCUAUGACUAUGAGGUUAGAUUAUUUUGUUGUGAUGAAAACUGCGACAGCAUAACUACACAGACUUUUAGUACAGCUCCAACAACAUUAUCAUCAACAAGCUUCAAUUUACCAUCAAGUACAACAUCAACAGUUCAAAUAUCCUCCAGUGUUUCAGUCAUAUCCACCGAUACAUCCAUGAAAACUCCUACUAGUAUGCCUUUAACAACUGUCUCAGGUGACAAGUCUUCACCACUAACUACUACAUUAACAAGUCAUAUUUCUUCCACUAAUACCAGCACUUCAACAACCCCAUCCAAAACAUCUCCAACAUUCACAACAUCGAAAACAGGGACCUUUACUUCUAUUCCUGAAUGUAAUUGUCAUUGGUCAGAUUGGAAUGACUUUGGUGGCUUAACAACAGGUCCUGAUGGUGGUGAAAUAGUACCCAUUGAAAGGAUAACUGAGACUUUUUAUUCAUGCUCAACACCAAAGGAAGUACAAUGUCGUGCAAAACGCUAUCCUGGAGUUCCUGUUUCACAGCUUGGUCAGGUUAUAAAGUGUAAUACAAUAGAUGGACUAGUUUGCUUAAACAGACACCAAGGACUUACACAGCAAUGCUAUGAUUAUGAGGUUAGAUUAUUCUGUUGUGAUGAAAACUGCGACAACAUUACAACACAGACCUCAAGUACUGAUCCAGCAACAAUGUCAACAAGUACAAAACAAACAGUCCAAAGUUCAGCCUCUGGUCCAAGCAACCCAACGACUACACAAGCAAUGCCCACAGCUACAGUUUUACCUGCAUUGUCUACAGGCGUGACUACAACACUGACUGAAACAACAUCAGUCCAGAAUUACUCCAACUUUACAAGCAUAUCUACAACUCCAACAACAAAUACUUUUUCAAGCCCAUCAACAAUUGAUUCACCAUCCUCAACAAUGAAAACAAGCACCCUUAUUUCUACAUCUGGAUGCAAUUGUCAUUGGUCAGAUUGGAGCGAUCAUGGUGGCUCAACAACAGGUCCUGAUGGUGGUGAAGUAAUUUCUAUUGAAUCAAUAAUUAAAUCCAGUUCAAGCACAUGCUCAGCAAUUAAAGAAAUACAGUGUCGUGCAAAACGUUACCCUGGAGUUCCGCUUUCACAGCUUGGCCAGGAUGUGAAGUGCAAUAUAAUAGAUGGACUAGUUUGCUUGAAUAAACACCAAGGACUUACACAGCAAUGCUAUGACUAUGACAUUAGGGUAUUGUGUUGUGAUGAAAACUGCGACAACAUAACUACACAGAGUUUUAGUACAGCUCCAACAACAUUAUCAUCAACAAGCUUCAAUUUAUCAUCAAGUCCAACAUCAACAGUUCGAAUAUCCUCCAGUGUUUCAGUCAUAUCCACCGAUACAUCCAUAAAAACUCCUACUAGUAUGCUUUUAACAACUGUCCCAGGUGACAAGUCUUCACCACCAACUACUACAUUUACAAGUCAUAUUUCUUCCACUAAUACCAGCACUUCAACAACCCCAUCCAAAACAUCUCCAACAUUCACAACAUUGAAAACAGGGACUUUAACUUCUAGCCCUGAAUGUAAUUGUCAUUGGUCAGAUUGGAAUGACUUUGGUGGCUUAACAACAGGUCCUGAUGGUGGUGAAAUAGUACCCAUUGAAAGGAUAACUGAGGCUUUUUAUUCAUGCACAACACCAAAGGAAGUACAAUGUCGUGCCAAACGCUAUCCUGAAGUUCCUGUUUCACAGCUAGGACAGGUUAUAAAGUGUAAUACAAUAGAUGGACUAGUUUGCUUGAACAGACACCAAAGACUUACACAGCAAUGUUAUGAUUAUGAGGUUCGAUUAUUCUGUUGUGAUGAAAACUGCGACAACAUUACAACACAGACCUCAAGUACUGAUCCAGCAACAAUGUCAACAAGUACAAAACAAACAGUCCAAAGUUCAGCCUCUGGUCCAAGCAACCCAACGACUACACAAGCAAUGCCCACAGCUACAGCUUUACCUGCAUUGUCUACAGGCGUGACUACAACACUGACUGAAACAACAUCAGUCCAGAUUUACUCCAACUUUACAAGCAUAUCUACAACUCCAAAAACAAAUACUUUUUCAAGCCCAUCAACAAUUAAUUCGACACCCACAACAAUGAAAACAAGCACCCUUAUUUCCACAUCUGGAUGCAAUUGUCAUUGGUCAGAUUGGAGUGAUCAUGGUGGCUCAACAACAGGUCCUGAUGGUGGUGAAGUAAUUUCUAUUGAAUCAAUAAUUAAAUCCAGUUCAAGCACAUGCUCAGCAAUUAAAGAAAUACAGUGUCGUGCAAAACGUUACCCUGGAGUUCCUCUUUCACAGCUUGGCCAGGAUGUGAAGUGCAAUAUAAUAGAUGGACUAGUUUGCUUGAAUAAACACCAAGGACUUACACAGCAAUGCUAUGACUAUGACAUUAGGGUAUUGUGUUGUGAUGAAAACUGCGACAACAUAACUACACAGACUUUUAGUACAGCUCCAACAACAUUAUCAUCAACAAGCUUCAAUUUAUCAUCAAGUCCAACAUCAACAGUUCAAAUGUCCUCCAGUGUUUCAGUCAUAUCCCCCGAUACAUCCAUAAAAACUCCUACUAGUAUGCCUUUAACAACUGUCUCAGGUGACAAGUCUUCACCACCAACUACUACAUUAACAAGUCAUAUUUCUUCCAGUAAUACCAGCACUUCAACAACCCCAUCCAAAACAUCUCCAACAUUCACAACAUCGAAAACAGGGACCUUUACUUCUAGUCCUGAAUGUAAUUGUCAUUGGUCAGAUUGGAAUGACUUUGGUGGCUUAACAACAGGUCCUGAUGGUGGUGAAAUAGUACCCAUUGAAAGGAUAACUGAGACAUUUUAUUCAUGCUCAACACCAAAGGAACUACAAUGUCGUGCAAAACGCUAUCCUGGAGUUCCUGUUUCACAGCUUGGUCAGGUAAUAAAGUGUAAUACAAUAGAUGGACUAGUUUGCUUGAACAGAGACCAAGGACUUACACAGCAAUGCUAUGACUAUGAGAUUCGAUUAUUCUGUUGUGAUGAAAACUGCAGCAACAUUACAACACAGACCUCAAGUACUGAUCCAGCAACAAUGUCAACAAGUACAAAACAAACAGUCCAAAGUUCAGCCUCUGGUCCAAGCAACCCAACAACUACACAAGCAAUUUCCAGAGCUACACCUUUACCUGCGUUGUCUACAGGCGUGACUACAACACUGACUGAAACAACAUCAGUCCAGAGUUACUCCAACUUUACAAGCAUAUCCACAACUCCAACAGCAAAUACUUUUUCAAGCCCAUCAACAAUUCAUUUGACACCCACAACAAUGAAAACAAGCACCCUUAUUUCCACAUCUGGAUGCAAUUGUCAUUGGUCAGAUUGGAGUGAUCAUGGUGGCUCAACAACAGGUCCUGAUGGUGGUUAUUUCCUCUUUCACAGCUUGGCCAGGAUGUGA